GUUAUUCAUUUUUUACGUAACAAGUACAUACACAUGGGUAAUACUAAAGUUAAUAAAUUGAAUGAAACAUAUAAUAUAUGAGACUGCUUAUGCAAAUGUAUAGCAUAAGUUCUAUAGCAACUUUACAUAAUAGAAAAUGAAUAACUAUAUUAACCAAAAGUUAAGUCACAUGAUAUUUUACAAGAACAAGGUCAAAAGUGAAAGCUUGAAACGUCAAUCAUGUGCGUUAUACCUGUUGAAUGUGGGACUAAUGUUAAUGUAGAGGGAAAACAAAUUCCACAGGUGUAUACAGCAGAAAAAUGUUAACGAAUAAAGUUAUUUUUACUUUGCCAAGAAAUGGAAAUCUAGCCAAAGCAGUUUUGUGUAGUGAAUAUAAUGUAUACUAUAAAAAGCAAAGAAAUGUGCAUAUUUCUAUGCAGAAUACAUUUCAUUUACAUCAGUUAAAUAAGGUUGAAGCCAAGCUAACAGGAAGUCAAAAACCAGAUUGGAAUAGAGCUGUUUCAGAAGCCGAAAAAAUUGUUGGAUAUCCAACAUCAUUUUUAAGCUUACGUUGGCUUCUGAGUGAUGAAAUAGCAAAUGUGGCAUUGCAUCUUAGAAAGUUGGUAGGAUCUAACCAUCCUCUGUUAAAAACAGCCAAAAGCGUUAUAUAUAAUGGACGUAAUAAUAUGCAAGCAUGGGGUCUUAUUGUAUUAUUAAUUUCAAAAGCUGCUGGUCAUUUAAGCGUAGAUGACAUGGAAGAGGAUAAAGCUGCUGGUGUAUUACAUAGUCAACGAGCUUUAGCAGAAGUCACUGAAAUGAUACGUACUAGUCAUCUUGUUCAUAAAGGAUUAGUAAACAUAGAACCUAGUGUUUAUUUAGAAACUUCAGAAUUGAAUGACAUGAACUUUGGGAAUAAAAUUGCAUUGUUAAGUGGAGAUUACUUAUUAGCUAAUUCUUGUGCUGAAUUAGCAAAUCUUCGUAAUCAAGAUAUUGUAGAAUUGAUGUCAAGUGCAGUAAGAGAUUUGGCAGAAGCAGAAUUUAUAGGACGUAGGGAUAAUCAGAACAAUCCUUUACCUUCUAUACCACCUGAAGACCGAACAGAUUAUGCUGUGAAUGAAUGGACUCUCCGAAAUGUAUUAAGUGCUGGUGCCUUGUUAGGAAAAUCUUGUAAAGGUACACUGAAAUUAGCUGGGCACAACAAUGAAAUACAAGAACAAGGCUAUAAAUUCGGCAAACAUUUAGCAUUAGCUUGGCAAGCUUGUUUGGAUUUAGGUCCAUUUGUUACAAAAGAUCAAGCUGUAACAUUCAAUUUGUGUUCUGCACCAAUUAUGUUUCAUAUUGAACAUGACCCAUCGAUUUUGGCAGAAAUCGAUAAAGGUUUAGAAUCUGUAAAUAAUGUAGAUUAUAAUAAGGUUCACAAGAUUGUCAUGAUGGGACCUGGAAUUGAAUUAACUAAACAAUUACAAAAGAGACAUUCACAAAGGGCAAUGGAAGUUUUAGGUGUAUUUGAAAAAAGUGAUGCAAGAACAGCAUUAUACAAUAUUAUAGCAGCUAUGGGAGAUUUCUGAAUAAUGAUAUUCAUAAAAAGAUAAUACAUUGUUGAUAUGAUUGCCCAAAAAUCAGUUUAAGGACUCCGUCCUAUAUUAAGUUUCUCAUUCUAAAGUAUAUCAUGUGUAACUAUAAUAAAAGUUACAUAAUCCAUGUAUAAUAUAAAAAAAUAUUAAAUUAAUAAUUUAUAUCUUGUUAUAUACAAGUAACAAAACAAGUUGUACUCAUUUAUAAAUAUAGAUUGUUAAUAACAUGACAAAAUUGAU